AUGCCUUCCCUGAACGCCAGCCGGACCUCCUCCCACCCCGCCUUCUUUCUCCUGGUGGGCAUCCCUGGGUUAGAGUCGGUGCAGGGCUGGAUCGCCAUCCCGUUGUGCAUCAUGUACGUCGCUGCAACCCUGGGAAACAGCACCAUUCUCUACAUCAUCAAGACAGAGCCCAGCUUGCACGAGCCCAUGUACCUUUUCCUGGCCAUGCUGGCGGUCACUGACCUGGUUCUCUCCACGUCCACCGUGCCCAAAAUGUUGGCUGUUUUCUGGCUGGGCUCCAGAGCCAUUGGCUUCCAUGCCUGCCUGGCCCAGAUGUUUUUCAUCCAUGCUUUCUCUUCCAUCGAAUCCGGUGUGCUGAUGGCCAUGGCUCUGGACCGCUACCUGGCCAUCUGCUUCCCGCUCCGGCACUCGGCUAUUCUCUCCUUGCCGGUUAUAGUGAAGCUGGGCGGCUUCAUCUUGCUGCGUGGGGUUCUCCUCAUCAGUCCCUUCUGCUUCCUGGCCAGCAGGCUUCCGUACUGCGGCCACCGUUUCAUCGCCCACUCGUACUGUGAGCACAUGGCUGUGGUGAAGCUGGUCUGUGGGAACGUCCGAGCCAACACAGUUUAUGGACUCUUUGUGGCUUUUGUUGUGGUUGGCUUUGAUGUCUUCAUCAUUGCCACAUCCUAUGCCUUGAUCCUCAAGGCCGUGCUGAAGCUGCCGUCCAACGAGGCACGACUCAAGGCCUUUGGGACCUGUGCCGCUCACAUCUGUGUCAUACUCUCUUUCUAUAUUCCUGCUCUCUUCACUUUCCUCACACACCGGUUUGUUCACAAUGUUCCCCACCAUAUCCACAUUAUGGUGGCCAUACUCUACCUCCUGGUGCCACCCACUUUGAACCCCAUUGUGUAUGGGGUGAAAACCAAGACCAUUAGGGACAGAAUUAUUGCUAUGCUCCUUCUUAGUGGAGGAGAGAUGCAUCAUUUACGCCAUAACUGA